ACCUAUUAUCCGGCUAUGAUUAUUUGCUGCAGGUCUAGCAUCAACAAAACAUAGCGACAUCAUGGCAGCCAAAGGACCAACGACGCUGCCUUUCUACCAGCGUUAUGUCAAUGGUGUGCCUGUCCCGCAAGGCAGAAAAACAUUAAGAUUGCGGGAAAAAUAUAUAAUCCUCUUGGUAUUUAUGACAUUCACCAUAGUUUGCUUAUGUGCUUUCAUGUUUUUACCUAAUAUGCAGGAUAAAGUCUCUAUACAUGAGAUCAAAGAAAUAGGAGCAGGUCUUUUCAUUCCUGGUGAUCCUCGACCUGGGCCAGGAGGAGCACCAUUGCAAAAUACAAAUAACCAUAAUGCACAUGAAGAAUUUCAUAAUAUCGAUAGGGAAAAGUUACAACAAAAAAUAGAAAGUUCAUGGGCUAAGGAUAAGAUAAAUUCAGAAAUAAACAAAUUUAAACCAGAAGAGGCUAAAAAACUUAAAGAAAGCAUACAAAAGGAAAAAGAAGAGAUACUCAAAAUAAAAAAGGAAGAAGAAGAAAAGAAAAGAAUAGAAGAAGCAAAAAAAAUCAACAUAGACCAUCAGGGACAUCCUGGGGCUCGUGGAGGUGAGCCUUCUGAACCUGAUGUUAAGGCGAAAAGGGAUAAAGUGAAAGAGGUGAGUAAGAUUAAGAAUGGUUUCUUCUGUAGUAUAAUACAGUACAGUGUAGUAUAUUAUUAGUAUUGGGUACUUUGACAUAAUUUUAACGAAGUGUCUACACGUCCGGCGCGCCGGACACAUAGUGCGUAAGAUUAAGAUAUACGUCCGGCGGGCAUGUCACGAGACCGCCGGACGACUAAUAGUAGUAGGCGUUAUUAUUCCGGUGGGUCAUUUGACAAGUGGUCGCCGGCGAAAUAGUUGCAUUGCAUUUGAUAUUCCGAUCCCUAGAUAAUAAGUAAAUGCUGAACAUGUUAAUGUAUUCAAAUGCUCUGAGUUAAAUAAAGUGUUUGACUUUGAAUCUUAAACUAGUCGGCCUAUGUACUAAUUAGUAGCACAAGUACUUGUAAGCAGCCUAAAUUUAAAAUAUGAACCAAAUAAAAUAAGACCAGAAGACUUCAAUAGACCUAUGCCUAUGUCAAUAAAGUUGUAUUUUAGGAUUAGUAUUUAGUAUUGCAUGACAAGUAGGCUAGGCUACCACAUAUUGGCCCUAUUUUAAGAUGUAAGGUCUAUUUCUUUGUGAACUAUCGGCCUUAAACUUAAUUAUUUAUCACCCUCAGUAUUAUUUUUUUAGCAUUCGUAGUUUUUAUUACCGUAAUUCUCUCUCCCUCUCAGCAUUGCUCCCUUCCAGAAUGCAUUAUUGCUUAACCCCCACUUUGUUUGGUAAUAUACCCAAGUAUUUUUUUUCUAUUAUUUGUUAGCAAGAUACUCAGUAAAUUAUUUGGUAGAGAUUUUAAAAUUAACAAUAGUUUUGAGUCAUUCGCGGUCACGUGACAAUGCUGACGGACAAAUAUCUCGCGUGACUUUGUUACUGCGGUCAUGUGACUUGGUCGCCGGACGAAUAUCUCGACAAAGUGUUCUUCCGGCGGUCAUGUGACUUGGUCGCCCGCCGGACAAAUAGUGCGGGAUAUGGUGUAGACACUGCCUAAUUUUAAAUAUUGUCCUAAAACUAAAAGAUAAUCAUUUUGAAAGGGCUGGCUAUUAGCUUUAUAAAAAACAUUAAUUUAAUCUUUCUAGCUUUGAUUGAUAGAAGUGGAGUUAAAGUGGAGUUAAAGCCCCUUAUUUAUCUUUGUAUUUAACUGUGAAAGCCUGUGACUAGCUUUCUGCCUUAUUUCACCACCGAACACUCUUAUUUGAAAAGAUAAUGCAUAUAAUGUUACUGAAGAAGCAGAGGUUUUUGCCCUUAUUAUUUUUUGCCAAGAAAGCGAAACAGUAAAUAGACAAGUACAAUCAGAUGUCACGAUAGACGCAGUCAGCUUGAUUUUAUUAAUAAACUUCUUUUUCUCUUUAUUGUAAGUAAACUGAAUGCAUCUUGCCCGUCAUCUGUGUAUGAAAUUUUUGUCUAAGGGGUUUUAUUUGUGUGUGGAGAUGAAAUUUAACGUUAACUCGUUUCAUUUCCUCUAUAGAGAGCAUAUCUUUAUUUAAGCAAAUUAUUUUGCUCAUAAAAUUUUGUCCUUUUUAUUAAUAUUCUUCAUUUAUUUCAUCGUACCAUUGGAAGAAAAAUAUAUCAAAAGAUUUUUUAAUAAUUUUGAUUUUUUUUAGAGUUUGAGAUUCACGUUACAUGCCGAAGCGAGGGUCCAAUACCUUUGAUUUGGUUUAAACAUUUGUAAAGUACAACAAUAACUAUUCCUCUACCAUGGGACCUCUUAGCCUUCCAUGUGCAGUGGUUGGUAUGAUGUAUCAGCAGAGUAAUUCUACAAAUUUUUAGGACUUCUACUAAUGUAUAUGUCAAUUGUACAGGUCCCCAUUGUACAAAAAUACUUGUCAAAGUUAACUUUGUACCAGAGCCUUUUUGAACAAAAAAGAUUUACUCAAUUAAUGACAUUCCCCAAAGUUUCUAACAUUGAAUUAGAGAAUAAGGAGGAGAAACUGUGCAAAGUUAGAUUCUUGUCGAUUUUAUAAAAAGACAAUGUCAGGAGCUGUACCAGCCUCGCCAACAGUUAUGUAUAGAUCAGGCGUGCACUACUCAAAAUGUCAGGAGGGCCGUAAUACUUUAUGAAAAAUGUAAGGCGGGCCGAAAGAUAAUAGAACAGGGGUGAAAGCUAUUAAGAAAACAAUAAUAAUAAACAAUAUUUCGUUACUUCGCGGGCCGCCAAGUGGGUGCUGGCGGGGCGCAUGCUGCCCGCAGGCCGUAUAUUGUGCAGCAGACCUGGUAUAGAUAAACAUGUGUUGAAAAACAAAGGGUGAUACACUUUCAGGCAAUAUGUAAGAAAAAAGCCAACCAAAUGGGGUAGGAAGUUUGGGUCCUAGCAGAGGCAAUAACAGGCUACACUUUUGAUUUAUAUUUAGGGAAGCAGGCUUACUCAUCAAACAAUGGCUUGGUCUAUGAUGUUGUGAUGAACCUUAUCAAGUCUGUUAAAAUGAAAAAACCAAGGCUACCAAAUGUUCUUUAAAUAAUUUUUUUAGUGGGUUUAAAGUACUAAAAGAUCUGUUAAUUGGAAUACUUGAUAGUAGGGCCAUAUUAAAAAAUAGGAAAGGUUUCCUUAAGAACUGAAAGACAUCAAAACUUAUGAGAAAAAACAAUUAAAGGUGGAUUGGAGAGGAUGAAAUUUUAACUGUUCAUUGAAGAGACAUUAAAACAGCCACUCUUGUUUCUAAUUAUAUGAUAGAGAUUGGAUUUUCUGAUGUGAACUGGAGAACCAAAGCUGAUGGUGUUUUUAGAACAGUAGUUGAUGAGACAACCAAACAUUGUAAAAUCAUACAAUGCAUUCAUGUGCGGUGUGGAGAAAGAGACCAGUUGUUAAAUAAAUGUAACACCCUAAGGAAAACAAAAAAGUACUGGAUAACCCUUUUAUUCCAUUUUGAUGAUAUUGCCAUAUAUAUUUUCUUUAUGUAAAUGAUUAUAAAUAUGUAAAAUAAUGAUUACUGUAUUUUCCGGCGUAUACGACGACUGGGCGUAUAAGACGACCCCUACUUUCCUUUUAAAAUAUAGGGUUUGGGCUGUACACCAGCUCAUAAGACGACCCCCAGCGUAUAAGACGACCCCAGACUUUUGAAAAGAUUUUUAGGUGUUAAAAAGUCGUCUUAUACGCCAGAAAAUACGGUAACUGUAAUUUUUUUUUUUAAAUCCUUUGUGAGGGGGUGGUCAAUUGAUUUUUAUGUAUUCUUUCCCCUUGUUGACACAUUUUAAAAACUCUUUCAUAUUUUGAUAACAUUCUAUUAAAAAUGUUUGAUUUCUUCUUAUGACAUACAAAAGGAAUUUUCUUUUUGAAUAAAUAGAUUUUAUGAAAAAAUUCUUGAUAAUAUUUUUCUUCUUUGCAUCUAAUCACCAAUUUUUUCUUCUUCAAAUUUUCAUUAAAUAAUUAAUUUUUUUUUUCUUCUCACACUUCAAAGUAUUGAGUUUAAACAUAAGAAACAUUAAUUCAUGAAAGCCUCAUGUAAGUCCCUACCAAUUUAUAUAUAAUCUCAUGAACUUAAGACAAACAUUUUUAAUGAUAUUUUAACUUUAGACAAACAUUCUUUAGGGUAUUGACUCUUUUGUGGUGUCACUAGAGAUUUUUAGAAAAUAUCAAAAAGUUCAAGGAUGCAAAGAGUUAAUAUUGCUUAAAAAAGAUUACAACUAAAUUUUGAAGACAGUUUCAAAGAAAAUUUGAUUAAAAUUAAACUGUGUGAUUAUAACAUGAGUAUGAAGUUCAUCGAGACGAUUUGAAAUUGACAACUGAAUAUUUAUUGAUAAAUGUAAUAGCCUCAAAAAUGACUUCUUUUACCAGAAUUAAAUAAAUAAACUUAAUGCACAAUUAUAUAGUUGAUUUUAGUACCGGUUUUAGUUUCAUUGCAAAAAUAUCAAUAUGUCAAUAUGCUUUUAAAUUUUAAUUUGCUAUCAUUACCGGUACUCAAGUUCAAAAUUUCAAAUACAUCUAACAUGCAUGAAAAGCAUACUAUUGGAAAGGGAUGGCAUUUAGCAUUACAACGAUGCCAAUAUUAUCUUCUAGCACUUGUAGAAGAAAGGUUUUGAUUUUUAAUGGUUUUAACCAUAACCCUGAAACUAAUCAAUACUUAUUUCUUUUUAAUAUUAUUCAAGUUUAAUGUUUAUUAAAACAUAUUUCUUUUUGUUUAUAUUAUUAGAAAUAUUAAAUACUCGUUGAAGUGAACUGUUUUCCUAUGCCUAAUAAAAAUACUAUUGCUACGACUAUGAUGAAGUUGAGUCUAAUUUAUUUAUAUCUAUGUGAUGUCUUUUAAUACAAAUUUUAUGGGCUAUAUUUUAACAUUAUCUAAUUUUAAACAAGUCAUAGAGGAAUGCAAUUUUCACAAAAAUGUAUAAUAUUAAGUUUAGACUUAGUAGUGUGUCAGUAUGCUUAACCCACAAGUUUUUUAAAUUAUCAUAUCCAUAUCUAGGAUAUUUUAAAAUAAUUUAUUAAUUUACAUAGAUUUAUAUGAAAACUAUAUGAAAAUAUGAAAACUAUUAUUUAAUGUUAUCGAGAGCCACUUUCACCCUCCCGGUGAAGAAAAAAAAUCGUCCAUGUGGGGGAGGGGGGAUCAUUUUAAAAGCCUCACAAGACAAAUAAUUAGCGUAAUUGAUGACAAAAUUAAUUUAAUAUUGGAAAACUGAUGUAAAUUUGAAAAUAUACUAGGUUAUUGCAUAGCCCAUUGUUAAAUGGCGCAAAGUUUUACCAUAAAAUUUUGAUUUGCUUAGAACGUGUGUGCGAACGAGUAUCAAAGUUUCUAAAUAAUCAUGAUUAUGAUUUGGCACAUUCAUAAAUGAUAUUACGCUAUUUUGGCUGAUUUUUUCAGAGGUAAAACGCCACCCUCUGAUUAUAAAAAUCCAAAUAUUGAAGAGGAAACGUUUACUCUUCAUCUUGAUAACCCAUUCACACUUCAUUUUCAAAUGUAUCUUUUUUUAUAGAUGAUGCUACACGCAUGGAAAGGGUAUGAAAAAUAUGGAUGGGGGUCCAAUGAACACAGACCCAUCUCAAAAAGACCACACACAGGCAGUAUAUUUGGUGCAGGUGAGCUGGGAGCAACAAUUGUGGAUGCCGUAGAUACUCUCUACAUAAUGGAGUUGGAUGAAGAAUACAAGAAAGCCCGGGAUUGGAUAGCACUGAGUCUGAACUUUGAUGUGGUAAUUAUAAAUGAGGGUCACAGAAUUUUGGCAGUUUAGCAAAUAAAAAAUUAGAACCUGAAUUAGGUAGCUUGAGAAAUGUUGAUCUUAGUUUUUUUUAUUGUGAGCUCUUAAGUUAUGCACAUAUAACUAUGCUCUUAUACACAAGAAUAGUUCUCAUUAUCAAUGGAGUAGAAUCUGAAUGCUACAUUGUCACUGUUGAUUAGUUCAACAAGAAAUCUGCUAAAAGACAAGAUCUAUAUUUCAUUAAGUCCUUAAUACCUAAGUCUGGUAUUUUGAAGUUAAAAUAGCCUUUAAAGCAGAGCGUUGUUUGCGUAGCUUAAAAACACUUAAGCUGUGACCUAAUUUUUGAUGUGGCUUUGCAAUCUCUAGGCCGGCAAUAAAUUGUGGAAAUCCUGCUAUAAAGCAAGGUUGUUAAAAUUCUAUAAUUAUUUUUUUAUGCCUUCAGUGGCAUAUUCCUUAAACCUGGUUCAUUUCAAUGGUUGAAAAGAGAAUAGAUGGUAAUUAACUAUUUCUUCAUUAGUUGUAAUGUGUCACGAUAACCUGAUUAAGCCAUGGUGACCAUUGUAUGGAUAAACAGAGGCAUACUUUAUUAACUAUACUUAGAUGUUAACUAAUUAAGAGAAGGAAACACCUGCCCUGCACAUUUUUCACACAUUAAAUAAAGGGUAAUGUAAUAUUAUAAAUCUACCAAAAGGUAAUCCAGAUAGAUAGAUAUGUGUAGAUAAUGCUGUUGGCUUUCCAUAUAUAUAUUAUUUUUGUUAAAUGACAGAAUAGCUACCUCUAUUUUAGUCAAUGCAACAAUAUCUAACUGAAGUCCUACUUUACAGAUAUGUUGUAUGGCACAUUUGAGCAGAUGGAGCUAGUUGCCAAUGUGUUACCUGGGGCUGUAAAGAGGGUUUGCUUCCCCCCAUCCCCCCCUCCCCCUAAGAGUAUGGAUUAGUAUUAGUGACAGCAAUAAAAUGUUGGUAUUUAGGGCUUGUCAAGUAGACACUGCUGUGUGAUUGUUAUACCACCCUCCUACACUUCACAGCACAUUGACAAAAAAAGCCCUGGCAACUUUCUAUCCCUCCCCAAAAUCUUGUUUAUGAAUUUAAAUAUUACCAAAGUCUUUUCUUAAAAAGGUACUACACCUUACAUUAACUCAAUUUUAAAAAAUGGAGAAUAAUUUCUUUUAGUCAAUUUCUAUUAUGUCUUAUGACUGCUGAUAGUAAGAAUACUUUGGGUAACAUGUUGAAAAGAAAAAACAAAAAAGAUAAUGUUAGAACAUUGCAAAAAAUAUAUAAAUAUGUUAUUGUUAUAAAUAAAUUAUUUUUUAAAAUUAACCCAAUUUAAAAAAAAAUUAUUAUUACUGAGCAACUUUAUUUUGAUUUCCUCAGUCAUCAGAACUGUCAGUAUUUGAGACCAAUAUUCGAUUUGUUGGUGGCCUUCUGUCUGCCUAUGCCCUCACAGGAGAUCAGGUUGGUGGUCUUUGCAACGAUCUCUGCUUGGGUCAAGCCUACCCUUUCAAGAAUGCCUGUCUUUUUUCCUUCUUUUAAAAAAAAAAAUGAAAUAUUAAAAAAUAUUGUUAUAUUAUUUUUAACAUUUGAACCAUUGUAUUUUAAAAUAAAAAAUAGCUUAGAAAAGAUAGUUUUACAGUAAAAGUUGUACAUUUUCAUGUUGAACCACUUAUAUCAUUACGGCAUCACAAGACAGCCUUUCAUAAUGAAACUCAAUAAGAGUUUUUAAAAUGUCACAAUAUUUAAUUCUUGAAUUAAUUAAUAGAUCUAGAUUAAAAAUUCUCUUUACUCGGUUAUAACUGUGGCCUACUUUCUAUUUACACCAGCCUUUUAGAUUCUAUGUCACCAAUUCAAGACUAAAUGAGAGUGUUGGAUUUAUUCAUAACAUACUAUUGUUCCUAUCUUAAGUUUCCUCUUGCUAUAAAUACCGUUUGAUUGCAUUGAUUAGACACACAUUGCAUCUCAAUUAUUGUUAUUUGCUAAUCAAUAACCCUGAAAUACACCAACCCUGAAAGGCAUACCUUCCUUUGAUGGUAACAAUGUUGUUUGGUUGUACUUUGAUAGCUCACCUUAUUGUUUAUCAUGUUAAGACAACACAGCUGUAUUUUUUUAUUUUGUAUGUGUGUUAAUCACAGUAGAGGGGAGGGGCGAAUAAGUUAAAAAUAAGCUGAGCAGGCUACACUUUUUUGCUGGCCAGGCGUAAUGUGAUACAGAACAGACAGUUUAAACUUUAAAAAUAGGGGGGUUGAGGGUAUAGCUCAAACAAUGUCUCAUAUUGUCCUAGUUAUUACUUAUUUAUUUAUUUUAGGAAGGAGUUGAUGAAAUAAAAGCAGUAAUAUAGCAUAUUUAAUAUAUUUAUACACAUUUUUUUAAAUGUCUAGAAAAUCCCUUUUUGUGCAUACCCUACACUGGAGAUAAACAGUACCUUAUAUUUCAUAUGAGGGUUUAAAUAAGUGACUCUUGUCACAAUUAAAUAAAGUAAGAAAGAGUGGGAUAAAAUUCAGUUUGUGGCAUCAUUUCACACAUUUAAAAAUGUAGUUAUUUCUAAACAAAAUAUAUAUUCAUUUUCCUUAAAUUUUUAAAAUAAAUUAACCAUUCACAGUCAGUGCCUCAAAAUAUAUACAACUAUGCAAUUUUGUACUGUGCAUUUAUAUCACAGCAAAUUAUUUCAAGAAGCUACACAUUUUUCCAAUUAGUGUCAAGGGACUCCAUAUAAUGAUCUUACUUAAAUUUGAUUUUAAUUUCACUUGCGUCAGAUGUUCAAGAAUAAAGCCAAGAUCAUAGCAGACAAACUGCUGCCUGCCUUCAGCACACCAACAGGAUUGCCUUAUGCUAUAGUCAACUUGAAAACGUGAGUAAUUCUUUUCAAAGAAUGAACUUAGAUACUUUAUGCCAACUUUAUGUUAACAUCCUAUAUUUUAGAAUUUAAAAAAAAUAUUUGUACAACAGUAUUUGUGUUCUAAGUACUACAGAAGGUGGCAGGGAGAAAAUCGGGAAUGGUUUGGUUGUUAGUCUUCUUAUAUUUAAUUUUUUUUUUUUUAAAGUUCGAAAAAAGAAAACAUUUUUCCAUUAAAAUUGGGAGAACAUUUUUUGGAUUGGAUAAUUAUGGAUACUUAAAAUAAAAACAUAAACUGUCUGAUUUUUGUGAACAGUGGCUCCACUCGCAAUUAUGGAUGGGCAUCUGGCGGCUGCUCUAUUUUGUCCGAAAUCGGAUCGCUGCAUCUAGAGUUUGACUACUUGUCAUCUGUCACUAAAGAAGACACUUACAGAGAGAAGGUAUUGAAAUAACUUUGCUUUGGCCCAUUAUUACAUUCUUGUGUGGACCUAACCAGAUAUUAAACAAUGCAUCAGAUCUUACACUCUUCAAAGAAAUGCAGCUAAAGACAUUGCACAAGUUUCUUCUGUCCAAAAGAUAUUAAUGGUUUUUUAAAAUUUCAAAGAAAGGUGAGAGUGAAAAAUCGGAAAAUAGCAACUUUUUGAAUAAAAUUUGCUUUUAUUGUUUUUUUUCCAUUAUUUUCGUUGGAACGAACUUUGGUUUGAGCAACAUUCCUUCGUAAAAAUUGGUUUAGAACAAGUUGGAUUUCAUACUUAUUUCCAGAUACAAAUAUAUGUAGACACAAUGUUUCCAAGUUUGAAAAAUAUCAAUACUGACACAAUUGAGGCAAAAGAACUGUUUAACAAUAGACCUGAAAAGGCAAAGAAAGUCUUAAGAAUGACAUAAAUUCAUUUUAGAUGAAAGGAGUUGUCCCACUUGCAAUGAAAUUUGUUCCUUUUUCAAAAUGCUUCUGCAUGAAGGGAUGUAGAUUUUUAAAAUUUAAGUUGCAAUCAACCAAUGUUUAGAAGAUAGUACAUUGUAUCUAACAACCUUACCUGAAUGUAAAAAACUCACUGCGGUAGCAUUUGUUCUGUUCCCAUAAAAGUUUAUUUACUCAUUGAAAUGUUAUUUCUCUGGUUACCUUGCCUUAUGCAUAUAGAAUUAGAGAAAACCCGGACAGGCCUCGUUGUUUCCAUUUGAAACGAGCGCCUGCUAAAUAUGGCCUAAUUAUUUUCAGGUUAUGAAAAUCCGAAAUUUCCUGAGAGAUAUUGAAAAGCCUGAAGGGCUUUACCCUAAUUAUAUCAACCCAAAAACUGGCAAGUGGGGACAGUGUAAGUAUUGUGACAUUGUCUAUUCAUCUGUGUUAUAUGGAGUCACAAGUGUCUAUUCAUGUGUGGUAUAUGGAGUGACAAGUGUUUACUCUGUGCAAUAGUUACUUUUUUAAAAGGAAUGCUUGUGUCUCUGAAGGUUUUAUCAGGAUUUUCUUUAUUAAUGCAUGAGCUGGAUAAAAUGGAAAGAUCAUAUUUCUUAGGGAUGUCGAACUCAUUUCACUCACCUUAAGACAAACUCAGAUUAAUUUUCUUAACUACACACCAGUACUAAUGUUAGAUAACAAACUGUCUGACAUUAUAUGUAAGCUAUUUAUCUUUCUUGCAAUAAUUUUCAUUUGUUAAUGUUAUAUUUUUAUUGAAAUUCUUCCUUUUAUUAACUAAUGUUUGCCACACAAUAUAAUGAAAAAUAAAUUUUUAAGAAAAUGUUAUGUUAAAAAAACUGUUAUUUUUCAAAUAAUGACAAUUUGAUCUACCCGUCAAAUAAUGACAAUUUGAUCUACCCGUCUCAAGUAAAUAUAUUCAUGACUAUAAAAUUUGUUUUUAAAAAAUCGCACCUCAUUUAAUCUAAUAUUGUUUUGGUAGAUUGAAUUUGGUUCAAAUUAUGAUCACGAUAUCUCCUAUAAGUGGGACUGAAUUAAACAAUGCUAUUGUUUGUGAUCACAGUGCAUGUCAGCAUGGGAGCACUGGGUGACAGUUUCUAUGAAUAUUUGCUGAAAGAAUGGUUGAUAUCCAACAAACAAGAUGAGCAGGCCAGGAAAAUGUAUGAUGAUGCAAUGAAGGUAAUGAGCUCCUGUGCAGUGACAAUUUAAUUUUUUUUAAUCAUGUAUCGAAACUGUUGAUUCUUUCUACAGUUUUAUAAAAUGAUCUCUUUUCUCUGUCUCUGUUUCCUCAGACUGUUGCUGUUUAUAAUUUUGAUUACUCAACUUGAGUUUUGUUGAAACAACUACUUUUAAGUUGAAUUAUUUAACGUAUACUUUUCUGAGAUUUCAUAAGGGUGAUACCUUUUUAUCGUAAAUGAAUUAUUUAUUUUGUUGUAGUUUAAUUUAUCAGAUUCGUGGCAUCGGGGUUAGCCAAUAUUUCCAUAAUUAGCUCAGGUUAUUGUGUCUAUUGCGUUAGAAUGGGAGGUCAAUGCUGCACCCUCGUUUCACCCAGUCAGAAAUGAGUAUGUCCUAAAUUUCUCAAAUCUCCCUAACCUGGUGACUCUUUAAAAUAACUUCUCUUGACAGGUCAUCUAUGAAAAGAUGUUGGUGAAAUCCAAGUCAGGGCUGUCCUACUUUGCCGAGUACAAAUCUGGACGACUGGAACACAAGAUGGAUCACUUGGCUUGUUUCUCUGGUAAACUUUGGGGGUCUUUUGGCAUAUUUCAAUUGCGGAAUGAAACGACAGUGGAUCAGAUGAGUGUAAAUCUGAUUACUGAGUGGAUUUUUGUAUAUGAAUUCUAUGUAUGGGAGUACAAUACUUUGUACUGACCGACUCACUCCUGUGGGUAUUGAACACUUCAUAUUAAUGAUGGAUGGCUAUUAGUUCUUAGCUGCAACACCAAUGUAUCAUAUGUUCUAAUUGGGGCUUUCCUAAUCAAAAUAUUUUGAAAUGGUCACUAAAGUUAGUGAGUCCACUAAAUGAAUUAUUGGAUUGAAAAAAUAUAAAAAAUUUCUUGUAGGAAUUUCUGUUUCAAAAAUAUUAUUCACUAAAUUAUCAUAGUUCUUGACACAAACAUAAUUUGAGUUUAGAAGCGACCAUAGUGCCUAGGUGCCUAUCAACCACGGCCGUCCCCAGCUAUGGGUAAAUAGUAGGGUGGAACAGACUCAUUAGCCAUGUAAGCCAACUGUCUUUGGAUAGGAGAAAACCCUGAGUGAAAAAGUCAACUUAUCUCUGACCAGGUCACACACAAAUAGCUUUCCAGAGUCUAAAGUACUGGGCCAUUGUUUUGUUCAACUGGGUAUUACACAAAUUGAGUGUAACUGUACCAGUAAAUUACGUGGCUAUCAGAAAAAUCUGGAACGACACAAAAAAAUAUGUCUAUUCAUACAUUGAUGUCACUAUAAUUUUUUCCAUUUACUAACCAACAAAAUGAACUUCUUCCUUGUCUCAUUGUAGCUGGUAUGGUGGCCAUGGGAGCAGAAGGAUCUGAAGAUAAGGAGAAAUACAUUAGUGUAGGAGCAGAGCUUGCCAACACAUGCCACGAGUCUUACAUUAGAACAGGUGAGCGGGAUGCCAAUUGCUGGCUGUUUAUUGGAACAGAAAUGCAACACUGUCGAAGACUCAAAUCUGAUUAGGUUAGAUAAAUACUUCAGUGUUUUACAGUCUGUUUUGGAUUUAAGUACUGAAAGAACAUACUUCCAGAGUAACACACAUUUUUCAAUGACAUUUAUUUAUUCAUGUAAAUUUAAAUUUUAUAGCCUAUUACUUUACAUGUUACUGUUUAGACAGCUGCUCUACAGUAUCAACAAAAUUGACAUCACAUCAAGCAAGGUAAUAUCUUUUGUAGGUAUUAGCUUUUACAUGAUCAUGUAAGACGAGUCUCCGGUCAAUCAUUUCCAAGAGUCUUUCAAACGUAGAUCGGCAUUAAAUUUGGAAACGCAUUGAGCCUGUGUAAUUUUUACUUCCAGUUACUGGACUGGGCCCCGAGUCGUUCCGCUUUGAAGGUGACACUGAAGCCAAAGCCAUCCGACAGAAUGAAAAGUAUUACAUCCUGCGACCUGAAGUUUUGGAGGGAUGGUUCUAUAUGUGGAGACUGACAAAGGAUAAAAAAUAUAGAGAUUGGGCUUGGGAGAUGGUGCAGGUAAUUUGUAUAAACCUUGUCUUUAGAAGGAACUGGCAGUUUUGUCUGCAACAUUUUUUCUAUUGGGAUUUCAGCCCAGUGUACCAAACAAAAGUCAUUAUAUUAAAUCUAAAAAUUUCCAUAUGAGUUUGUGAGACUUUUCCAAACAACUUGUUAAACUCAAACUUCACCAUCAUUCCAACAAAUAAAAAUUUGUGGAUUAAAAAUACAGUUUUUCACAUUAAAAAUUCUCAUUUCGUAUUUGUAAAAAUUGCCUUUUCUGCUUAAAUAGUUUCUAUCUGGCUGACCCUGACUUUCACUUUUGUGUUUGCGUGUGUGUAAAACAAUAUUUUCCUGUGACCCGCUCAGUAAGUUUUAGUUGAUCUCAUUUCUGCAGGCUUUAGAGAAGAACUGUCGCGUUGAAGGUGGCUACUCGGGGCUGAAGGAUGUUUAUCAGAUCAAUCCCCAGCAUGAUGACGUUCAGCAGAGUUUCUUCCUGGCAGAGACGCUCAAAUAUUUAUACCUUAUCUUCUCUGAUGACUCUCUUAUACCUCUAGACAAGUGGGUGUUCAACACGGAAGCUCACCCCCUCCCGGUGAAAGGGAUCAAUCCAGCAUCCAUAUAAUGGUGGAAGUAACAACUCGUCAGUAGAGUCUUGUAAAUCUGUGUUAUCUUAGGUUAUCACUUCUCAUUCUGACUGUGUCGUCAGCGACACGGUGUAGAUGACAAUGCCAUAAUCUGACUUAUUGGGACAUGGCAAUUUCACAUCAGAUUUAGUGUACAUGACAUAUCAGAUGUAGUGCGAAUGACAAUGUCACAUCAGACUUACUUUUAAAUGAAGAUGCUGUAGAAUUUAUGUACAUAUGGGUUGGGUCAAGGCUGUUUGUCUAAAACUCUUUUAGGAAUUAUAGGCAAGUUGAACCCAUUUCCUGUGCCAGUCAAUAGAAAGUUGAUAGUUUAAACAGAGAAGAAAUAAAUAAAAAAACUGACUUCAAAAACAUUCCUUUACAGCAAUGCUUGAAGCCUGGAUAUUAGCUGACUAAGAGCAAAAUUCGGGUCUUGUGUCAUGGACACUUCUAUUAGAUUUACUGGAUUUGUGAUCUGAUUUGGUGAAAUAAGGGUUCUGUUUCCAAAUCUAUUAGAAUUGUGCUACAGACUCCCUUUGCUUAGAACUGUAUGUAAAUUACCGAACUUUGACCUCAUUUGUACCUCUUGAAACUCCUAAAUCUGCCCUUUGUCUUGGACUUUACUGAAUUUUUUUUUUUAGAUUGAAAGAAAAAGAAAUCUAGCUCUAUGUCAGUGGUUUCCAACACAGGUUGACUUGUCCCAUAUUGGUCUGAAGGUUGGGUAUUUCUUUAAGCCACAUAUCACUUGGCAAGAGUACCCGUAUUUGAAAGAGGAUAAGAAGCUCUUUGUUUUCUUAAAUUUCUUGUAUCUUCUCUCGACUUUACCUCAAAACCCCUUAUACUCUUGUUUUGGGAACCACUGUUCUAAAGAAAAUUAUUACGACCAUGACCAUCAGGAAUCUAAUUUGAGACUGACUCUACAUUUUGUUUUCAAGUAGGAAUCUAAUUUGAGAUUGACUCUACAUUUUGUUUUCAAGAAGGAAUCUAAUUUGAGACUGACUCCAUAUUUUGUUUUCAAGUAGGAACUUAAUUUGAGACUGACACUACAUUUUGUUUUCAAGUAGGAACUUAAUUUGAGACUGACUCUACAUUUUGUUGUCAGAACCUUUACAAGGAAAUAAACCAAUUAAUAAAUUCAUCUAUACAAUUUAUUUUCAUUUGAUGGUCACUUUAGAUUGAAGGUGGGGGGGACCUUUCUGAUGACUGCCUUUAAACUUGGGAUUUCCUUUGUGAUAUAAUUAUACUACAGCUCUUAGACUUUAUUGUUAUCAAGACUUAUCUUUAUCAUCGAAUCUGACACAACCAAAUAGUCAGACACCAUAGAAAAUUGUUGGAGUUGACCUCUUGAAAAGUGCAGGGCAUACAAAACAAAUUGGAUAUUAUUUGUGUUGUUGUGUGAGUUUUGCUUAAUGUGCUUUUGUGAGUAGCCAUUGAUGGACUGAUUUUCCUAAGGUCGAGGUGGGGAAUGUGCUCAUUGGGGCCCCAGACUUAAGAAGCCUAUGCACAUCAUUUUCUGCUCCUCACGGGGAUAGCUGUUUACAGCUCUAGGCCCCUUUGCUGGCUUUGGCCAGGACUGCACUGAAAUAUGCUGAUGAAUGGAUUAAGCUUUUUUUUUUUUAACUUAGGGGAUAUUUUAAACAAAGAAAAAGAAAGAAAUCUACUUACCGGUACCCGUUUAUUUAACCUUAGCUUAACUGUGUACUGUUAUCAUUAACCAUGACAUUUGACCAUUUGUUGUUUACUUUGUUGUACAAAGUUACAAAUAUUUUGAUAUCAGGUCCAGAAAGUGAAAUAAACAGUCUUACACAAAAAAUUCUCCUGUAUAAAAAAGGCAUAGGGCAGAGGAUUUAAAACAAAAACGCAAUACAAAAUGAAAAGUUUUUUUUUUUGUCUUGGCCGACACAUGCCAACAUGGUGUGUCAACUGGUUUGUGUGUCAAUGAAGGAAUAACCCUUUUCUCUUGUCAGUUGUAUUUUUUAUUUAAAGGAGGAGUUUUCUGGGUUUGAGGCAGCAGUUAAUGUGAAUAUUUAAACACUGUAAUGUACUGGAUUAUUUAUCUUUAAUUUUUCCAACAGUAUAUGAAGAUCAGUAUGUUCUGUUUUCUCCUUUAGUGGCCUCUCAAAACCAUAGGACUAUAGCUUCUCUUUAUCUUUUAUCCAAAUUCUUGUGUGUUCACAGUGUUAAGCAAUCAAUAAUUGAUCUUAUAAUCAACAUCAACCUCUCCGAUUACGUCGUUAAUUAAAAUUGAGGUUAGAGAGCACAAUGAUAAAUAUAAGCGAAAAAAAUUGCUUAAUUGAAUUUUUUUUAUUUUCAGUAUUUCAUAAAAAGAGGAAAAAUUUACAACUUUAAAAUGACUAAGUCUAGUAUUUUUUGUAUUUUUGGAAAUCAUAUAAUAUAGAUCUAUUUGAAAAUCUGCAGUGAAACUUUUUUUUCUUCAAAUUUUGUCUCUAUUGCACCAUAUCGUAACAACUAAAUCCAGUAUGUAUUUUGAGAUGAAUUGAUUUUUAUUUUAUUCCUUCUUGUUUUUGGAGUGCUGCAUUUUAUAUUAUUAACUGUUGUAAAUUGAUUAAUUUAAUCAUUGGAGUAUCAACCGGUCUGUGAUCAUGUAGUGCACAUUGGAAGAGUGACCUGUGAGAACGUUUGUCUUUUAAAUACUGUUUUAAAAUGAUCAUGACUGACCAGCUUUUACCUUUCAUGGUGGUUAUAUGGUAAUUUGAAUUGAACAUCUGAACAUGAAUGGGGAAAAUCUUAAAGCAUUCACCUAUGCUUAAACUGCAAUAAGUUUCAUUGUGUACUUUACUGCAAUGUUUAUUUAAAGUUGUACAUGUAAUUUGUUUGUUGCCUUUUCUGACAUAUUUUCCUUUGACGGCAAACACAUAAUUAUUGUAUUUUCUACUGCAGUAAAUAACUUUGCUGUCAUCGGAUGAUGAUGAUAUGUUGUCAGUUGUUCACCACACAUCUAUUCAUGAAUGAUACACAUUUAAAAUGACCUGUGUGCUACCUGAAACAAUUUGGUUACAGGGCAUUAUCAGACCUGGUCACGGGUGAUUCAGUUGGAGUCAAUAUUCAACUGAUCUUGAACAAUGAUCCACUUGAUUGUUGUAGAUCAGUCUGUUUGAUACAGUGUUUUAUGACGGUGUUAAAAACUACAGGAUCUUCUUAAAUUUUAAUUAUGCUGUUGUAUUUAAGUAACGUGACAAUGAUCCACACAACUUACCACUUACAACCAGGAAUAACAUCAUCAAUGAUGCACAUAAAACAAGAACCUAAUAAUCCCAUGACUACCCCCAAGCUCUUUUCCAUCACAUUACACCCCCCCCCCACACCCCAUUUCUCUCCUUCCUCCAUAAUAAUGCUAGUGGGUUCUUUUGACUUUUUAUUGUAAUAUUUUGAAUAUUUAAAAAAAAAAACUUUUUUUCAUCUAAUUAUAUCUUUUUACACCCCCCCCCCCACACCCCAUUUCUCUCCUUCCUCCAUAAUAAUGCAAGUGGGUUCUUUUGACUUUUGAUUGGAAUAUUUGGAAUAUUUAAAAAAAAAAACUUUGUUGCAUAUAAUCAUAGCUUUUUUGUUUGUUAUACUGGUGAGCUGUGAGUGUAUUCAAAAGUGAAGAGUGUGUGGAUGAAGAUAAAUAUUUUGUGAUGCCUUCUACUUCUUGUCAAUUUUUGACAGUUUGAUGACACAUCAUAUUUGGCUUUGAUCUUUAUCUCUCAAUUUUAAAAUAAAAAAAUCGGAGUGUCUUCCUGAAUAGUUAAAUGAAAUAUUUGGGAAGUUGUGUGCAUGUAUGUUGUGUUUGUUUUAAUUACUGUGCUUUCAACUGGAUGUCACCAAUAUUUCUUUUCUUUGCAUGCACCUUUCCUUAGGUUCAUUUUCUUGGCUAACUCCAUGAAUUGAGUGUUAAGCAAACAAUCUUUUUGUAAUAUUUCAUUGUUUUGGGGACUACAAAUGUCUGACUAAUUUGAAAUGCAACAUGCUUUUUAAUUCUUCUUACAUCGUACAUGUAUGAGUAAUAAAUAUAUGAACCAAAUCUUUGUUUUUAAAUAAAUCUGGUAACAAAAUACAAAGUGUUUUCCAACUAUUUCUUAUCAGUCUUUCUUUAGAAUUAUGAAAAUUAAAAUAAAUAGCAUUUACAUCAAUAGCGCAAAAAACUUUUUUUUCUACCCUAGACAAUUUUUAGAAAUGGUAUUCUUCAUUUUUUUAUUUCAUCAGAACUGAUUGCUGUAAAUUUUCAUCACACCUAUAUCUUCAUUUUGCUAUUACAGUAAUUUUUCAAAGGGUGUUAAAUGGAAUAAAUUCACAAGGUCACAAAUAACAAACCCCAGUAAUAAUAAAAGUUAUUUGUUUGGAUAUUGCACUUCACCAAACAUCUCAUGUAUAUAAUUUAUACUUGAAUGAUGUGGUAGAGAAUUUAAGUAAUAAGUUUGAAAACCACUAUAUUUAAGUAAUUAGUUUGAAAACCACUAUAUUUGAAUAUCUAUAUCUAUACAAAUUGAGCUUCAUAAAUAAAGUCCUAAAUAGGAAAUAUGAUUACAAUAACUAUAAGGGCAGAUAACUUCCUUCAUUUUUCUGAUUCUUCAGGUCAUUAAAUUAUAAAUAUUUCCUAACUUUGGCUUGCAUGAGAUUUAAAUUUUACAUAAUUAUUUUAGAAUAAUACCUUUCACAAUUUCAUAUUAACAUUAUAGCCAGAAUUUCUGUUGAUCUAUUGUUGAAUAAUUUUUUAGAAAAUAAAUAAUCAAAAUAUUUUCACACUUAUCCAUUGGUGAUCAGUAAGAGAUUUAUGGUAUGCAGGCUUCUCAGAGCAAUGUACUGUGAACAGUCUGAGAACCAGGUCUUGAUUCUUAAAUUACAGUGUUUUUUGUUGUUGCUGUGGAAAGUUAGGGAGGAGCAAUGACAUGUCAAUCAUGUGUAUGUGUGUGUGUGGUAUUAUGUGUAUCUGAACAUCACCUGAGCAGUAACAGGUGUUUACCAAAUCAAUAUUGGUCUUUUAAUUAUACAUUAUUUAUGGAUAUAUCUUGAAAUUUUUGGAUAAUGUAUGGAAUAAAUUUAUCUGAAUAAUAAAAAAAAAAUCAGUUUCUAAUACCAAUUCUCAAUUUAAAUAGCAGUGGUUUAUUUGUUGCAAGUCUGUUCUUACAAUGUUUCCAGUAGUAAAUUUGAGAAAGAGAUGGCUGCUGUCUGGCUUACAAAAUAUGUCGCUUUCAUGUCAGGAAAAAAAAAUAAUUGGUGGCUAAAAAUUAUUAUGUGAUAAAAUAAAACACCACUAUUAGGAGUACAAGAAUUAGUUUUUAUUAGAUACUGGUAGCUGAAGUGACCAAGUUUUUCUUAUAUUUAGGAAAAGGGCUGUAGAAGUUUUGGCAGGAAAUGUAAAUCUAAAUGGGAUUUGUAUUUAUUUAAUUUUUAAACUUUUUAGUGCUCAAAGCUGCUAAAUUAAUUUUUUUAAAAACCUUUUACUGCUUUUUUGUUCUUUAGAAUAUAUUGAGAUCAGUUACCUAAUUGGCUGCAUGCCAAACUUUAGAAAAAUAAUAUGUGUGACAAAAUAAGGUAACUGAAAUGAAAAAAAGCUAACAUUUUUUAGUUUUUCUUCCACCACAGUUCUUUUCUCAACUUAUGGUCAAUGAAACUUAUGCCGGCGUUUAAAUGUAACAUUUCUAUUCCAUUAGGAAAACACAUUUGGAAGGAGUAUGUCAUGCUCUUUGAGUUAUUAGCCCGUGUUCUCUUAAAUUUGAUUGUGUAAGUUAGCCCUUUUUAACUUUUGAGACUAUUGGAUUUAGAAAUUUAUCAAUUUAAAAUAAAAAUCCAUAAUAUAGGUCUCUAUUUAAAUUUUUUUUUUUUACAGAUAUGAAACUUUUUCAAGUUCAUCAAAGAACACUUUUAAUAUUGUAGUUGUACAUUCAAUCUUUCAGUUUUAAUUUUCGGACAAGUCAACACAUUUUUAAUAAUUUUAUUGCAUUUACAUAUAUAUUUAUAUAUUUUGUUCAUAUAUAACAUAUAAUGUUGAUUUUGCUAACAGCUCAGAAAUCUGUAUUCAGCAGACUAUAGAUUUAUCAGUUAUUUCAUAAAAAGAAUUAUCAGAUUGUGGCUCAAUCCCCUCCCUCCCCGAAAGAAAUUAUUUAUUUAUUUCUAUACUUUUUCCUCAUAAAUAAAUCUUCCCGAUCUGCCCCCCCAAACCCUCUAAAUUUUAUUUAGUUGAAAAUUAGCUUUUCUUGUAAGCAUAUGUACUUACUUUGUCCUCAAAUGAAAGCCACAGGUUCCCCCCCCCGGAAUCAACAUAUUUAAUUCUUUGUGCAAUUGAUGCUUAAAAUAAAAUUUUGAAAUGUGCAUCAACUUCAUAUAUUACGCUGCCCAUGCGCUAAGUUUGUAAAAUUAUUUAAUUCCUCAAUAAUUUUAUUUUGCGCACCAUGUAAAAUAUUAAACUUUGAUUAAAUACCAGACAAUACCCAGCAAUAUAUUUUUUAAAUUCCUUCUAUCAAAACAUGCCUAAUGCAAAUCUUUAUAACAUUGUACUGAAAUUUUAUAUCAGGCUAAUCAGAAUUCAGGGAAAUGACUGCUCACCAGACUGCAGACUUUUAGCCGACACAUCUUCCCCUUAAAGUAUUUUAAGCUUGGCAAAAUUUUGGAUGCCUUAAUUUAAAAUUCACAGUAUUUUGUAUUAAAUUGCACAAAUUGCUGAUGUUAUACUAGGUUUAAUUCAGUGAUAAAGUGUAGGAGCUUUUUAGAAUGUUAAAAAAUGCCCCCAUCAACGAUAAAUCAGUGUAGAACCAAAAUGUAUGUUGAAAUUUUACUUUUUUAAUAUUCAUCAUACAUAAAAAAAGAAUUGUUCGUCUAAAGUUGCAAAUAAAUAUAUAAUGCGCAAUGAACAACAUUUUUAAACACAAAUUUUAUUUUGUUAAAUGUAAAGUGGAUAGGGGGAAAGUGAAAUUAAAAUGAAAUAAAAUUUUAAUGAAAUAUUUUAUAAUUUGAUAAUUUUUGAGGACCAUUGAUCCCUAAAUUUAUUAAAUCUUUAAAUUAUUUAACUAACUUAGAUUGUUACUGAAAUAAAUAAUGUUCGUGCUCCAAUGAAAAUGUGUUGAAACAAGCCUCAAAGAUUUGCUGUCUCUAGCCGUAUGUCUCCCAGUCUGAACCAUAAUUUGUCUUGGAGAUUUUAAUUCGAUUUUAUCCUUUACAAUGUACUUUGACUUCAACAUCUUUAGCACCACUACUAAUUAUAAUGUUAGCUGCACCCAUCCCUGUUUUUAUACUUAAAUCUAUGUAUUGCUGUAAUUUAUAGUUCAUAUUCAGUGAUAUACAUAAUAUUUUUUCCAACUAUUUUUUAUAUAACCUUCUGGCUGAAUCUUGCUCAGCAAAUCUGUAAAUGAUAGCAUUGUGAG